UUCAAUAUUAAACAGAAGCAGCAAAACUCGAAGAAUUAGUACUGUAAUAUUUAUGUAGCUGAAACUUUAUUUUUUACUUUUUUAAAAAUUAAUUUUAUUGUUUUAAUAUUACUUUACUCAUGUGCUUAUUUACCCCUAAUGUACUGGUUGACCUUAUCAUUACCCGGUCAUAAUCACGUUGACUUUUAAAAGCAGUUUGUUGAAGCUCAUUUUUGACACAGUGAGGACAGUUAUUUCCCUGAAGCUCAUGUCUUUUUUCUGUGAUAGAAAUGACACAGUUUUCCUUUUAUUUUGCAGUGUCACUGCUCACAACACUAAUAUCCUGUUUCAUAGAAACAGGAAACACACACACACAAGCAAUCAGCAUGAACACACACACAUGCCCAGACACUCUGGCAUCACUGUUUCUCCUUAAUCAUAUCUAAUACUUUGAGCACACUUUUAAAACUGCACUUAACUUAAUGACUUAACUUAAUGGACAAGCAUCAAAGCGGCUCCGAGGCCAAAUCAACUCCUCCACAGACUAAUUAAUAAUUAAUUCAGACUAGUAUUAUUGCAGUUGCCCUGGUGUAAUAUGGAUGCAUCAAAACUGCACUUCAAUGUAUUCACACGACACAAAAUUAAAUGCACACACGACUCCCAAAACAAUGAUUCACACCUACAGCGACAGAGACACCUGCUGGACACUAUCACGAAGUGAUACACAAUUAUGCUAAUAUAUAAUAUAAUUAAUAAUAAUAAAAAAUAAUGAUAAUAUAUAUUAUAUCAGGCCGAUAUUAUCAGACAUCCCUAGUAUACAUAAUAAAGAUUUCCUGUUCAUUUAUACUCCAUAUUCCACCACGAUUCUUCUCUGGGUCAGACCACAGAGAGAUGAUAGGAAUUAUACUAUAUGUGCGCUGUGUGUGUGUGCGCACGCCAACUGUCUUAAUGUAAAGAUUCUCAACAAUGCAGCUCAUCAGUAUUCUGAAGAGACCAGAGAUCUGCCUGGGAGAUUGAAGCUCUGUGAAGGAAGUGCAGCCAUACCCACACUCAAGGACAUUACAUUAGCAUUGAUUGUCUUCGUCUCCAGUCAGUGUGACAGGAGAAGAGAACCGGGUCGGACGUACGGACCGCAUGUGUUCAGUCUGUUCCACCAAUAACAAUAACUAUAACAAUAACGUCGAUGGUAAUGACGCCAUUAAUCAUUCAUACCUUCAUUGAUUUUCCUAUAGGUUGGUCCAGGACGUGUUUAAUGAGUGUGUUUUAUUUGGUACGUACUCAACAAUAGUGAAUAAUGAACAACAGCGAAAAAUAGACACACAUUGACUAAAAUUAAUGGAGACUCGAGGCGGCUGGGGAGUAAAGAUAUUAGGAUAAGUUAAUCUAUCUCUACAUUCAUUCAUCAUUUAGAGCCUAAUCCUCUUUAGUGUCUCAGUGGUGGUCCCAGCCAACACCAGACCCCAUGGACAGGUCACCACUGCACCACAGGGCCACAAAAAGAUAAACAACCAUUCACUCUCACAUUUACAUCCAUGGAUCAUUUUAGCUGUCCAGUCCAACUAUCCAGGUAUAAAGUACAGAAGUCAUAUCAAUAGUACAAUUUAGUUAUAGUUAUUAAUAGUAGUUGUAGUAAAAAACAAUAGUAUAGGAAAAGUUAUAGCCGUGUUGGUAACAAAAACUGUAGCAGCAGAUCAGUUGCAGUAUUUUACAAGGGAGUGGUAGUCAUGCCGUACAAUGUAGGAGUAAUAUAGGAGUAGCAGUAUAUUUUCUUUUACUUCGAACAGUACUUGUCUUACUAAAGGUUAGAGGAUGUACUGCAUAGCAAAGGUAGGGUUAGAAAUCCCAAGAACUACACUUCCCAGAAUACCACAGGGUUUUUAAGUUCAACCGACGCUGUAUUCGGGUGUGUAGUUCUACUGCCACCUAGCGUCUGAGGGUGGAAAGUUAAAGGAAACGUGUUCUGUGGUGACACAGUCCACGCUACCAUGAAGAAGAGAGCCUCAUCCACACCAUCAGCAGCAGCAGCAGCAGCAGCAGCAGCCGCGGCAGAGAUGUAGAGCCGGAUAAGAAGAUAAUGAGUCUCUGCUGCCACCACCACCUCCAUCACCAUGUUCCCGGGAGUUUUCUAUGCACUGUUGGCUGGUUUUCUCGGGGCCGUGGCGUCGUCGUCGGCCAAACUGUCCCUGGGAGCGGACUACCUGAAGGGAGUAUGUGAAACCGGACUCCGGACGUGGGGAGAGCAGCGGAAAUUUAGACAAGCGGACGAAACUACCACCUGUGACCGGCUCCACAUCCCUCUGAGGCUGCUGUGUGGUGGCCUCCUCUUCACCUGCAACGCUGUGAUGUGGACCUUCCUUGACAAAGCACUCAGGUAUUCCUCCUCCUCCACCCGAACCACUGUGACCACCACCGCCUCCAACUUCAUAUCCUCUGCUUUCUUGGGUCAGCUGAUCUUUGGCGAAGCCCAGAUCACAUUGUGGUGGGUCGGGAUCUCCUUGACCUUCUCUGGUCUGUUGGUCCUGCAGAGAGUUUCGCCACAUGACGGACAGCAGAGCGCAGCAGACGCAGCAGCGGCAGCAGACGCGGCAGCUGCAAUGGACAGAAAGAAUGACUAACAUGUCGCGUCUCCACUAGUUCAGACCAGACGGGGGCAGCUAUUAACACUCAUCCAAAUGAAGUAAAACUAUUAACACAGCAGUUAAGUGCACUUAAUAUGUACUUACAAUUUUAACUAUAAGAGGUCUGUGUUGAGGUACAUAGACGUAUCCCAUUUGGAAUCAGCAGCUGUACAUCCUACCGAGUCUGCAUGUCUCAGAUGUGAUGCAUCAUGGGUCUGGAGAUGCUGGUUCAGGCUGGUGGAGACGAGACAGAAAAUGUCCAGGUAUCAUUACUUCCUUCACAGACAAUGAAGCAAAAACUUGAUUCAAGCUUUACAAACACUGCAUCCUGAAAACUGUACACUCUGCAACAGCACAACUCGUGAGGAACAUUAGGAGAUGAUAACGAUGAAAUAGGAGAAGGAACUGAGUUAGAUGAGAACACUAGCUAAAGGGCCUGAGUGAAUACUGACAGACUGAUAUCAAUCGUUUUUUGGUUUUUAUCAUUACCUCGCAUCAGUCAGUGCAGUAGCAGCUCAACAAAGCUUGUGCUAAACCCACUGUAAAGACAUCAUACGUUUACAUUCCAUUGUCUGCAUGCUGCAGGUGAAGAGCUAACAGAAGUACAGUAAUAAUCCCACUGAUGUAGCAGUCAACCGCUAAUCCCUGGUCACCUCCCUCCUUUCCCUGGGGACUUCCUUUCACUUUCUCCACGCUGACCUUCAGAUAUUAGCACGACACGCUCUCAGAGACAGCUGGUCUUCCAUGACAUGCUGGACACGUGUGUGUUCCUAUCGUACCGACACACCAAAGCCUGCUGCAGCACUUCAUACGAGAGUGAUGUCUCUAUGAGCUGCAUCUCAUUUUUAUUAAAUCUGUGAUUACAGUGGCAGGACAAGCCGUCCCUCGGGUGUCACUGUCCUUUCUUUUAACGCUGUCGUGCACUGCAUUUUCAAUAUGAGUCGUAAAUAUCCGUCCCUUAUCAUUUCUUCACCUCUGGGGCUUCGGUACAAAGCCUGGCUUCCUUAAAAGCUUCCCACACUCCCACAUCCCUUUGAUAGUUUGUAACGAGUGCAAUAAGGUACUUUCUUCAAAUCUCACAACACUGUGAUGCGUAAAAGAGCACAGGGAGCUUUGAGCAUUAAUAAUUGAACAUAGGAAAUGGCAAUAUGCUUUUAGAGUGAUGAUUUUUUCCCCCUGUUUUCUUUUUCUUUGCAAAAAAAUAUCAGCUAAGUGACUAUACUGUGUUAGUGUGCAGAAACCUUGCCAGCUACUUUGUUACAAUGUGUUUGAAAUAAUCACACUUUGCUGUUGUUUGAAUACAUAUCACUGUAUUAUUGCAUAAAGGUAGCUGCUGACUGAUAUUAGUAUGUAGUAAACGCAGCAGAAGCAGUACAAGGCUGUCACUUUUGUUAAAAAAAAAAGUUCUCCCACUGAUGUUCAGAACAUCAGUGGGAGAUACCUAAUUUAAAUUCUUGUCAGACUGUCUGAAGUGGGCAUGGCUUGAUCCAGCAGAGGGCGCUCUAAGCUCAGUUCAACCUUAGAUCCUCUUUGCCAACCAGUAAUGCUAGUUUGGGCGGUGUGAGAGGGACCCAAAAUAUGCAGCUUACCAUUAUGGUCUUGCUGGCUAGCUAUGAAUGCCUGUGCAUGGACACGCAGCAGACAGGAGAAUCGGAUGUUUGAUUGCUGUUGCCAAGCAAGGCAAAUUACUCUAACCACAUUAAAUACAGAAAAAAAAACAAAAACAAAAACAGAACGGCUAUUUUAAAGUUUGGCCCAGCAGAUGAUCAAUGCCUCUGUGCCAGCACAAAUUUGGCAUGCUCUCUCAGUCAUUCUGACAAAUGAACAUGUGACAUGCUAGAUUGUCGUUAAUUAAAAGUGACAGCUCUUGUGCCCAAAUAUAUCCAAUGUUGUCCCUCCUAACACUGCUGUGCAGAAACAGUGUGUUAUAUAUUAAGAUUUACAUGCAUCCCUGUUAAUGUGACUGCACUGAUAACAAUGUGACCACACAGCUCAACAUAAAGGUAAAUAAAGGAAAGCUGAGUGACUUCACAAGUAAAA